UCUCCUUGCGAACAUUUCAAACAGUCUCAUCCUCUCCUUAGCCUUGAAUCCCAUAUUUUUAUAUUUUCUUGAUCUUGUUCAUUUUCUUGGAUUGUUUGCAGCACUAGAAAAAUGCAAAGUAAAACCAGUUCUGAUCUUCCUCCUGGUUUUAGAUUCCACCCAACUGAUGAGGAAUUGAUCAUGUAUUACCUUCUCAACCAAGCCACUUAUAAGCCAGUCCCUGUUUCAAUAAUCGCAGAAGUUGAUAUUUACAAGUUUGAUCCUUGGCAAUUACCUGAGAAAGCAGAAUUUGGAGAAAAUGAAUGGUACUUCUUUAGCCCUCGAGACAGGAAGUACCCAAAUGGAGUGAGGCCUAACAGAGCAACUGUGUCUGGGUAUUGGAAGGCCACUGGCACAGAUAAGGCCAUCUACAGUGGUUCUAAAUGUGUUGGUGUCAAGAAAGCUCUUGUGUUCUACAAUGGUAGGCCACCAAAGGGUAUCAAGACUGACUGGAUUAUGCAUGAAUAUCGCUUAAAUGAUUCAAGAAAGCAAGCCAAUAAGCAAAAUAGAUCCAUGAGAUUGGAUGAUUGGGUCCUGUGUAGGAUUUAUAAGAAGAGGCACAUAGCAAGAAAUUUGGAGGAGAAGAUAGAAAUUGCAAAUACCCAAUUGGACAAACCUUCUGCUAAUGAGCAACAAAUAUUGAAAUUUUCAAAGACAUGUUCCCUUACUAAUCUACUGGAAUUUGAGUAUAUGGGAUCAAUUUCCCAGCUUCUAAAUGACAACACAUACAAUCCCAGUUUUGAUUUCCAGAACAUCAUGAGCAAUGCUGAGACUGAUCAUGUUGAAAAUUUUCAGCUAGGAGAAAUGGGUAACCAGUAUACAGAUUCAGGGAAGCUCCAGGUGAAUCAGGGCAGCAUCCUAAACCAACCAUUGUUUGUGGAUCCAAUGGUCUAUGAAUUUCAGUGAUUUGCCUGGAAUCUGACUAGCUUGACAAGGGACAAAAAAUACAUCUCUAGUAAGAUGUAAAAAUUGUUUAUGCAGAGUACACAUCUUACACAAUAGUCAAUUGUGAAUAACAUGUGAUACCAUCUAUUAAUGAAUCAGUAGUCAAGCUUGAAUGAUGGAGAUGAUUAUCACAUUCACUGUUGAAGCUGUGUCCUGUUGCUUUCAAUUAGAUGGAGAUUCUUUGUACUAAUUCUCUUAAUCCAAGUCAUGGAAACAAGGUGGAAUCUGUCAAUACUAUGGGCUGUAUUCUGUUAACUUAAUGUAGUUUUUUUCUUGGUUCA